CGUCAUUUGUGUGCGACCUCAGCUCCUGUUCGCUGCGGAAACAACAACGCCGAGCGUGAGCCCCCGAGAGGAAACGUUACAGUCGUUAAGGCACUCUCCGGGUGAAAACAUGCCGGUUUGUAACUUCUUCCUCCAGGGACGAUGUCGUUACGGCGACAAAUGUUGGAAUGAGCACCCCAGAGGAGGAAGCAGAGGAGGUGGAUACAACGACAACCGCUCCUCUGGUCAGCAGUCCAGAGGAGGAGGAGGGUUUGGAAACAGAGUUUGGGUGAAUCCUUCCCAGCAAAAAGGAGCCUAUAUCCAACCUUCAUCCUUCUCUCAUGGAAGUGAUGACUGGGGUCGAGGAGGCGGAGGAAGUGACUGGGGUCGAGGAGGCGGAGGCGGAGGAAGUGACUGGGGCCGAGGAGGUGGAGGAGGAAGUGACUGGGGUCGAGGAGGAGGAGGAGGAAAUGACUGGAGCAGAGGAGGAGGUGGAGGGAGACGAGACAACUUAAAGAGCUCCGAAUUCAGUUUUUCCAGUCAGAACAAGUUUUCAGCACUUGGUACCUCCAACACCUUUGACAGGGGAGGAAGAGGAGGAGGACCAGGUGGAGGAUCUGCUGGCGAUGAAGAUGAUGACAAAAAACUGGAGAUCAUUCAGAUGGACAUGGACACUUGGGAGAGUUCAGGGCAGUGGGGCUUCUCGUGUUAUUCCAGUUUCAAGACACCUUUGUCUGGUUUCACUGAUCUCUCUCCAGAAGAGCUCAGGCUGGAAUACUACUCCACAAGAGCUUCAGGAGACCUGCAGGGCUAUCUCAAUGGCGUCAAUCAGUUGCUCAGCCAGUGGAAAAACCGAGUCCAGGAACUGAAGAUCAUGAAUCCAGCCACUCGAGCAGCACUGCUUGCAGAGUUAAAUGGUGCCACACCUCAGGCAUCUUCAGGUAGCUUUGGUUCCACAGGGAGUGGGUUUGGAUCUUCUACGUCCAGUUUCGGAAACAAAGACUUUGGAGCCCCAGCCCAGGCCAGCAGUUUCAGCUUUGGGUCACCAGCUGCUUUUGGUUCCCCAGCUGCAUCAUCAUCAUCCUCGUCAGGUUUUGGCAGAACCUUGGCACCUCCUACACAACCUCCCUCUGGGUUUGGUGGCUCAUCUGCACCCUCCUCUACAGCCACUGCUUCAAGUUUCUCCUUUGCCGCUGCAUCCACCGACAAACCAGCAGCCACUUCAGGAUUUGGAUCACCCUCGGGGUUUAGCUUCUCAUCAACAGCUACCACUGGAGGAGGAUUUGGUGCCACCGCAGGAAGCAGCAGUACUUUUGGACAGACGAGUGGAGGAUUUGGAGCGGCGCCUGCUGCUGCUGCAGGAGCCGGGUCUGCUGCAGAGGCAUCGGAUAGUCUGUUUACACCUGAGGGCAAACUGACUCAAGAAGAACUGAAUCAGUUCAAGGCUAAGAGAUUCACUCUUGGCCAGAUUCCGCUAAAGCCUCCCCCUGCUAACAUGCUAAUGGUGUGACACUGUGGGAGGAAUUCACAAGGGUUUUGAAAUGAAAAGUUAAUUUAUACAAAGUGAACAUUUCUUUCUGCAUAGUGCUUCUUGUUAAGAUGUGCUUAAUGUUUAAAUACUUGGGAUCAGCUUUGGCAGGGAAAUUGAGCUUUAUUUGUUUAUUCCAAAGUACAUUUUAUGUGCAGUUGUACAACACAGUACAUAUUUUAAAUAUUAUCUUUUGACAUGUAAAGUUCUAUGUUUGAGUCAAAGGAUGAAUUCAAACUUAGAUUAUUCUGCUUUAUUUUUUUUUUUGGCAGUUUCUGCUUUUCCUGUUUGUGGACAUGUUGAGAGUAAACCAAUCAGUUGAUGAGCACGUUUUUUGAGGAUUUAUUUGCAUCAUUAUAUAAUCAAACAUAUCAGUUACAACAAACUAACAUAAAUAUGCUGUUAACUUAUUUGGAGACUUAUUCUUAUCAGGAAUUUCAGACAUGAUGUCCUCUUAUGUACAAAUGCAUUUUGUUGAAUUUUUCAUAUGUUAUCAAUAUAAUUUCCUCCGACUUGCAUACUGAUAUCUAAUGGGGCCAGUUUAUAUAAAUUGCAAUUGUACAUCUCAUCCAGCAGAGGGAGUCACAAUAUAAGUGCAAAUGUAUAUCUGUUUUCUUUCUUUUUUAACAUUUAAGUGAGGCUCAUUCAAAUGCUGUAGCCGAUGUGUAAUUUAGGACUAACUUGAAAAGAGGAGGUGGUUCUUUGCCUCAGGCUCCAUAUCCUUCUCCCUCUGUUACUUAGAUUGUAAUGUGGCACAAUAUUAAAACAGUGGAAUCAAG